CUGGAGUUCAUCUUUAAAGUGUUACUAAACCCCGGACCCCGCAUUCACUAUAUCUGGUCUCCCACAGACCCUGCAUUCAUUAUAUCUGGUCUCCCCGGACCCUGCAUUCAUUAUAUCUGGUCUCCCACAGACCCUGCAUUCACUAUAUCUCUUCUCCCACAGUACACACAACAUGGAUAUGAAAUUAUUUUAGUAAAUAUAAACUGCUAAAUACCUUUUCUCACCAGCAGUAUAUAGCAGUUCUGUGACUUCUAUCAGUGUCCAGCUGAGCGCUGGUUAAUCUUGUAGGAGGCGGUUUCAUUCUGCUCUA